UGAAACUAACACUAUCGAUAAAUUUCACAAGGCCCGAAAAUGAGUCAUACAAUUUUUCUGUUAGUCUUAAUUUACGCAACUUUUGCUUCUGCAUCUUUAUUGCUGCAAUUACCAAAAGAAACAAAUUUCAUUCCCGAUUUACGGAUCGUUGGCGGUCGUCCAGCGAAUCAAUCAGAUACGAAACAUCAAGUUUCAUUACGUCUCAAGUCCAGAGAAGUCUUGAAUGGUUUCGGAUAUGGACAUAUUUGUGGAGGAUCCCUUAUUGCUCCGGAUUUGGUUCUUACAGCAGCACAUUGCAUGUACAAGGAUAAAAGUAAUACAUUGCGAAGAGCAUCAGAGUUUCAUGUCGUAAUGGGAACAAUGAAUGUCACAGUGAAAACUAGCGACACGUUGGUUUAUACAGUGAAGAAAUUCGUUGUUCACAAGAGAUAUAGUUCGAAAACAGUGCAAAACGAUAUUGCAUUGAUAAAAUUGAGUGAAGCAGUGUCUGUGAAUCAUACAAAAGUGCAGCCAAUUCAGAUGAUUAAACGAGAGAUUACUGCAGGAACCAAAUGUCAGAUUACGGGAUGGGGAGCAAUGAAAAAUGAAGGUUCUGGCGUCUUCUAUCUCCAAACCGCCGACAUUCAAAUCCAAGACAUAACAAAAUGCAAUUCCUCAUCAUCCUACAAUGGACUUCUAAAACCCGGAAUGCUUUGUGCCGGCUACUUCCAAGGCGGCACUGACUCAUGUCAAGGAGAUUCUGGCGGCCCAUUAGUUUGUAAUGGCGAACUAACUGGCGUCAUAUCAUGGGGCUUCAAAUGUGCCCUGCCAAACUUCCCUGGCAUCUACAGUGACAUUUACUACUUCCGUGAUUGGAUCGAAACCAACUCCGGCAUCACAAUGUCAAUUAACUCAAUGCUGAUAAUGACAAUUGCCUUUAUCAUGACACUACUUAUCUAAUUAUUUUCAUCACCGAGUAAACAAAAGUUGGUACUUACAAAUAAAGGUACGCAGAUAUUCCCAUGCCGCUGGUGUACGUUGUUGUUGUUGAUGCGAAUGCUGCUCGUGCACCUUCGAUUGGUACUCACCUAGAAUUAGAAUAAAAUACCAAAAUUAAUCAGUCUCUUUGAUGACGUGAAUACAGGAAUUGCCUUAAAGCUAAUAAAUCAUUUAUAAGUCCUUAA